AGUCGAGCACGAACACUAAGGAAUUUUUCAGUGGUGUCUGUGUCUGUGAAUUUAUAUUUGGGGUAAAAAAAACUGUGUGCGUUUAUUUUGUUUAUAAAUUUUAUUGCAAAUACGGCACAUAAAUACAUAGCGCGUACACACACACCAACACACACCAAUUCAAAAGUGCGCUUAUCAAUGAAUUGAAUUGAAUUUGAGGCAGCAGCAGCAGCAAGAAGCACGCCAGCGCCAACGAAGUGAAUUUUUCGAGGGAACGGAAAAAAAUGGCGCCCGCCUCAGCCACAGAAGCAAGUUGACUUUCUUUUCGGUGUGUGUAGUUCGUCGCCGCACUCGUCGCUCGUUUUCGUCGCAUAUUUGUCGCGAUCAAAUAGUGAAAAAGAGAGAAAUAUUGCAAAUUGCAUCAAAAACGCGACGUCGACGUACAGCAGGAGGCUAGUAUUUUGUACGUGAUUUUGUAUAACUACAUACAUAUACAUAUAAUACAAAUACAAGCAACAGAAAAGUGCAAUUACAUUUGCGUUUGGAAAUUUUGCGCUUUUUUCUCUUUCGCCUCCCCCUUUUUCUGCUUUGCCUCAUUUAUAAUGUGCGCUGCACAGAGCAAUCCGCCGCCCUUCGGCUACACUUGGGGUUUUGCAGACAACGGCAAUCGUGCCGCAGAAUCAGUUUUGGAGAUAUCGCCAAAUAUUAACUACACUGUCAGUGGGGAAUCGAUGCCCUAUCUGUUAUCCACGGAUGGAUCAUUGGCCGUACAAAAGGAUGUUAAAGGUGCACUCAGCAGCAAUAAGGGCAAUGUCGUUCGGCGCAUGUUCGUGGUGAACGAUUCCUCAUUUGCGCCCGGAACACAAAGAGUAAUUACCACAGGCUCCGCAUCGACGGUGGUCAAAAAACAGGACUCUGGUCAACAGGUGUUGAGCAUAAAUUCGCUCGAUAAGAACUAUCUUUUGGUCGAUCAGGCAACAGCGGCAGCAGCUGCGGCUGCAGCAGGUGGAGGUGAUCCGGCGUCUGCUGCACAUCAUCAUACAUUGACAAAUGGCAGCAUUGUUGAUGCCAAAACUGGACAAACGGUAUUGACCACAUCGGGUGCUGCCGCGGCCGCGGCCAAAUCGCAUUUUAGCUCAAUUGGUGCACUGCAUCUGACCCAAGAGGAAUGCAAUGAGAUCUUAAUCAAGCGCGCCAUUGCAGCCGGCCACGGCCACCAUCAGACGCACACAAUCACCGCUGGCGACGGAGCGCACCACCACCACCACCACCACCAUCAUUCGACGGCGCCAGGCGCGACACCAAGUUAUUGUUCCGUUGGCGGUGCAACAACACUCUUAGGUGACAUACUUCCUGGUAUUUCAGUUCAAGUACAGAAAGUAAUACAAGGACUCGAAGAGAACGAGGACUCGCAGGGCGACGCACCCAACUUAAAGUUGGAGCCAGGCACAUUAGAAUUGUCCCCAAAGACCGAACUACAGGAAUCAAUGCAUUUCAGCGAAACCGACGCCACCAUCAAAAAGGAGCGCCCGUACAGUUGUGACGAGUGCGGCAAAUCCUUUCUGCUCAAACAUCAUUUGACAACACACGCACGCGUGCACACAGGUGGCGAACGUCCACACAUUUGCACCCAUUGCGGCAAAAGUUUUGCGCACAAACAUUGUCUAAAUACGCAUCUACUGCUCCAUUCGACGGAUCGGCCAUAUCAGUGUCAGGAGUGCAAGAAGAGCUUUACGCUUAAGCAUCAUCUGUUGACGCAUUCGCGUGUCCAUAGUCGGGAGCGGCCAUUUGUGUGCCAGGAGUGCGGACGUGCAUUUCCCCUCAAGCGUCAUCUGGUCACGCACAGUAAAUUUCACGCCGGCGAACGUCCCUACGUCUGCGAGGAAUGCGGUGAGAGUUUCGCACAGGAGAAUCACCUGAUUAUGCACUCGCGCUUUCAUGGUUCAUUGAAUCCAUUUGUUUGUGCUGAUUGCGGUGCCUCGUUUCCACGCAAAUUUCAAUUGGUUAAUCACGGACGCAUACACGGCAAGAUACCACACUCCUGCACAGUUUGCGGCAAAGAAUUUCUACAGAAGCGCACCCUAGUAUCCCACAUGAGGCGCGUACAUACCGGCGAGCAGGCGCAUCCCUGCGUCAGCUGCGGCGAAGGUUUCCUCACCAAGGCGGAACUGCAUCAGCAUGUCCGUGCGGCGCACAACGGCGUCAAUCCCAAUACGAGCAGUGCCACCAUUAUAGCCAAUCAACAGCAGAUACAACAGCCGCAUCAUCAUCCAGGACAUCCGCAGACGAUCACCGUUGUCAGCAAUCCGGCUAAUUCAACGCUGCUCACCGUCUCCACAACCGAUGCCAAUGGCGUUGCGCGUCCACAAUUCGUUUGCCGCGAAUGCGGCAGCGCGUUUAACAGCCGGGAGGCGCUCGCCUUGCACUUGCGACUGCACACGGGCGACAAGAGCCUUAUGACCGAUCUGUGCGCUUUGACAGCAGCGCUGCCCGGUCACUUUUUGAGCACGGCGAGCCUCAAUCCGGGCACUGUGGUAACGGCCAAUCCAAAUUUGGUGGGCCAGAGUCCGGUGCCGGUGCAAAUCAUAUCAUCCACCGGUCAGGUGAUGUCGCAGACCACGCUGGUGCAGGCCGCCAAUUCGACCCAUCCGCAAGCGGUUGUCACAGCCGUGCCCACAAUGCCCGUCCAUGGGCAACAGCAUCUGCAGCACAUCCAGCAACAGCAGCAGCAACAGCAUGUGGUCACCGUAUCGCCGGCCAACAAGCCAAAAUCGCAUUUCUGCGCCAGCUGCGGCAAGGGAUUCGCCGCCAAGCACGGCCUCAUGCAGCACAAUCGACGACAUCCAAACGGCGGCUGCACGGUGCGCACCCAUGUCUGCGAGUGUGGAAAGGCAUUCUUCCAAAAGAACCAUCUGAUGCUGCAUCAGCGCCAGCAUUUGGAAACAAAGCCAGCCAUAUCGCAGCAACAGGUAUGCUAAGUGCCCAGCCCAAGACCCAACAAGUCCCCACACCCAAUCCAUAGAUACUACCUACACACACACACAUAUAUAUAUAUAUAUACAUAUAAAUGUAUAUAUAUAUAUAUCUUCAAUUAUUCAAUUCAAUUUAAAUUAUUGUGUUUUCAAUUUGCUUUGAUUUAUAAAAAAAAAAAGAACGAAAAGAAAGAAAAAUAAAUUUAAAAACUGGCAUAGAUUAACAUAUAAUUUAAUUAGUUUUAUAUUAUGUGGGAGCAGUUAGUCUAGCCUCUAAGCUAUGCAAUUUAAUUUAGCUAUUAACUCGAACUAAGCAAUUGUUACCGAGUAUCAACAAUAACAAUAAUAAUAAUAUUAAAAA